AUGUGGUUCGUCGCCAGAGCGGUCGCAGCAGCAGCGGUUAUCCGGGUCACCAGCGCCGCCACAUGCGAAGUGGCCUCGCUCCAGACGGUCCUGGCCUCAUCAGACACCAGCGCGUGUGCCUCGGACUCAGGGUACGUCGUUACCUCGCUGUCCACGCCUACGGACGCCGAGAUGGCCAUCAUGUGCACCAGCACGGCCUGCCAGUCGGUUGUGGCGCAGCUCGAGGCGGUCUUCCCUUCGGAGUGCUCCAUAGGCUCGUUCGCGCUGUACGCCGACCUGACCACCCCCGUGACGAGCUACUGUUCCUGGGGCGACUUAUCCUCAUCCGAGUCGUCGUCCUCAGGCUCUAAUAGUGGCCUGGGUACUGGCCCAGUACUACUGGGGCGAUCGUUGGAAUCGUUGCGGGGGCCGUGGGGGUCGUGUUGA